CUGGCGAACGAGGGUGAGGGUUGGUUAUCCUCGGAGGCGGCUGCCGUGAGGUUUUCUGAGAGGAGCGCUGAAGCGUUUUCAGAGCCCCCGCCUGCUUCUCCGAGGAUGAGUCCUCUUUAGUGAAGGGGCAGCAGGUUGCCAUGGCUCAGAGCCUGAAGGACUUUGCUGGCCGCCUGCCUACUGGCCCUCGUGGAAUGAGCACAGCUUUAAAGUUGCUCUUGGGUGCUGGAGCUGCAGCCUAUGGAAUCCGGGAGUCUGUCUUUACAGUGGAAGGGGGUCAAAGAGCAAUAUUCUUCAACCGCAUUGGUGGAGUUCAGCAGGAUACUAUUCUUUCAGAGGGACUUCAUUUCAGAAUUCCUUGGUUCCAGUAUCCAAUAAUUUAUGAUAUUCGAGCCCGGCCCCGCAAAAUUUCCUCACCAACAGGAUCCAAAGAUCUACAGAUGGUGAAUAUCUCCUUGCGUGUUCUAUCAAGACCCAAUGCUAUAGAAUUGCCCAGCUUAUAUCAACGACUUGGACUAGACUAUGAAGAACGGGUUCUUCCUUCCAUUGUCAAUGAAGUACUCAAAAGUGUGGUAGCAAAGUUUAAUGCAUCACAGCUCAUUACCCAACGAGCUCAGGUAUCUUUGCUUAUCCGACGGGAACUGACGGAGCGAGCAAAGGAUUUUAGCCUUAUAUUGGAUGACGUAGCUAUUACAGAGCUGAGUUUUAGCCGAGAAUACACAGCAGCAGUUGAAUCCAAGCAAGUGGCCCAGCAGGAGGCUCAGCGAGCACAAUUCCUUGUGGAAAAAGCAAAGCAAGAACAAAGGCAGAAGAUUGUUCAGGCUGAAGGUGAAGCCACAGCUGCUAAAAUGAUUGGAGAAGCCCUCAGCAAGAACCCAGGUUACAUCAAGCUGCGCAAGAUCCGUGCUGCCCAGAAUAUCUCCAAAACGAUUGCAGCAUCUCAAAACCGUGUGUAUCUUACAGCUGACAAUUUAGUGCUUAAUCUACAGGAGGAAAGUUUUACAAGGUGAGUGGCUUGUGAAUAUCCAAGUAACUGAUCUACAGAGUUUAGAUUUUCCCCAGUGAUGAGUUGUAGUUUAAGAUGAUUUAGGGAAAGUUCAAAAGACUGUAGUAGACUGUAGAAAGAAGUGGUAGGAUGGGGACUAGGAAGCUGUUUAUUUUAUGCUGCUUUUUUGAAGAAGAGCAAAGAAUAUAAAUGUAAUAAUAUAUCUUGCUCUCUGUGUGUAGCAUAAAUCCAAGUCCCAAAGCAUGUGUCAUAAACACUGAGGUUUAACAGCCGUUGUAAAUUUUUCUAAUCCUUUUCUUCUCUGUCCUCUCUCUUCUGGUGCUACUAUGUGUUGAUCCGGAUCCAGAGGAAGGUAAGACACAUCUCUUUCAUACAGUCUUUAAUUUGAGAAAAUGACUUGAAGUUAUUUCUGAUUCAUUUGGUAAUGCUACAUGAUAUAUUUAUAAAAGCUGUAGGCGGUAGAUAUUGCAGCAUCUGUUGUUUGGAAUACACAGUCCCACUCUUGUGAGAGUGAAAGAGAAGUUCUUGUUCUGAGAAGGCAUCAACUGAAAUAGUGCUUUUUUUCUGCAAUGUCUUUAUGUUAUCCAUACACAAACCUUAAUUAGUUAAAAGUCUUGAUGAAUCAUCUUCCUAGAUUUUGAUAGAUGUAAAACAGGACCAUGGCAAAUAUGAAGUCAUCUAGAGAGCUGGGAAUUAUAGUGGUGAGGAGAGAAGCACACAGAAAGUAAGAUAUGACAGGAACUAUGAAUUUAAUAAGAGUUGCCUGGAUGGGUUUUGCAUAGUUUUUUCCCACCCACUUUGGAGGACAGGCUGGCUAUUUUUCUGAUCCAAACUUUUUAUUCCCCCUUGAGAAAGUCAGUUUAUGAAAAACUUUAAGCUCCACAUGCUUUUUUAUUUCUAUGGAGAAAUCUUGAACUGACAAAUAGUGGGAUCAAGAGGAGAUUAAGUCACCACUCUUCCUUUUUCUUCUACUGAAAAUAAAAAACCUCCAGUGCUUUUCAGCUGAAACUGCAUGGAAAGUUGCUCUGUGUCCAGCUUGACCAAGCACUCCAUCCAGGGUACAAAAAUGUGGUCAUUGUCAUCUCCAAAGUACAAUAAGUUUUGAAUUCAAAGCUAUAUUUUCUCCAGGCUAAUAGUAUUACAAAGUUAUUGUACUUACUUUCAAACUGUAGAAAGUGAAGUGCCAAAAUGAACAAACUAGGUAUAGCUUCCCAGAACAUCUAUGACAGCAAUCUUUAGCUGGUAUUCCAGUUCCGUUAAUAGUUUCAUAGCAAUUAGGUGGUGUUCAUAAAAGUACGGAGGAAGGACCCAUAGUCUUUCACAUGAAUUGAGCAGACCUUGUUUAAAUGUUUAUCUAAAAAGAUAUGUAGUUUAGAAUGUAAUGUGAAAUGUUAUGUGCCUGUAUUAUAUUUAAAUAAGAAUCUUUUAUAUAAAAUAUUCAUUAAUACAGUAAGCUGUUAACUUUAUGUUUCAUUUGGGGUUUUCUUUCUUUUUAAUAGUGUUUAAUGAUUUAUAAACCACCCAGAUUUGUUAAGAGUCAGGUUGCAUAUAAAAUUGAUGAUGAUGACAUUAGGACAAAAUGUUGAAAAAGUAGGAAGGAACAUGUUCAAGAACAGCUUGUUAUAGUCUUCCAUAAAUGAAGUAAAAAAAGAAAAGGAAGGUUUUCUAGUGGUUCCAUUCUUAGCAUUUUUCAUUUAAAUGAUUAUUAUUUUAUGAGUUAAUCAGGCAAGGUUUGGUUACAAAGGGAUUUAGAGUAAAUUUCUCAGACAUUUGACAUCAUUGUCUCUCUUCCCUUAAUAAAAUCAGUUAUCCAAAGCUGAGUUAACUUUACUCCCAUCAUGGAGCAGGCUGAAGAAAAAUAGAAAAAAUACAGAAUUUCUAUAUCCAAACAACAAUUACAAAACAUUGUAGAAAUUAAACAACAGCAUAGGACAAAUAUGCUUUUCUGCCUCAAGGAAUUACUCCACCAAAUUACAUAUAUAUGUUUAAACCCUUAAUUACUCUUGUUCUGUGUUAACCAUAAAAAUUAAGGCUUGAUUUUAUGCUUGGUCCCCAAGCCCAUAUUGUGGUACGUUUCUCACAGUUCUUUGUUAUGUCUUUGUUUUUCUUCCAGCGACAGUCUUGUCAUAAAACAGACAAAGAAAUGAAACAGCGAUUGCCUCUGAACCGUGCAGAUGACUGACAGAAUGAGAAUUCUGGGCUUUUGGAUACUGUACCUUUGAGGCCCAUAAAUAUUCUCUUGGGAUUUCUUUUCCGUUGUCAUCUUCAUCCUUGUCAAUUUCCCAACUCAUCCCUCCCUAAAGGACCUUUUCUAGCUAAUGUGGCUCCAUUUUUCUGAGAAUAUCAAUAAGAAUAAGAAUUGGUUUUAUUGAAUGGAGUUCCCUUAGAUACUUAAUCCCAUCCUGAUGGAUCAGAUGUUUACUGGGAGAAACAAAGAGCAUUGCAUUAUGCAAUUUUCCCUAUUGGGGCUGAUUUUUUAAGUAGAUCAAAUAGUUGCUGUUAAGUUUCUGAUGGGUCUGUGUUAUGCCUUAUAUAUAAAAUCCCUGGCUCUUCCAUUUUUCAUUUCUGACUUACUUUUCCAUUCCCUGUUCCCUAUUGAACAUCUCAUCUCAGGACUAGAUGGGUCACAGGACUUUUGCAAGUGCUGUGAUACUUUAUCUAUGUAACUUCGGUUGCCUUGUGAUUCACAUCUUUAUUAAAUAAAAUCAGGUCCAAAACUCA